AUGUAUGUAGGACCUUACCGAUUGUGGCUGCUCAAAGAGGGAACGAUGCCUUCUCUCCUGGUCCUGAUCUUCGUCGUCGAGCUGGCUGUCCAGCUCAUCAACACCAUCGGCGCAACCACCAUCAACAACCUCCUCUGGAGCCUCGUUACCUCUGUGCCGACAGACCUCUCUCGAGAGUACUCGGCCCAGCGCAAGCUGCAGCAAGAGUUCCUCAAAGUCCGGCGCGACCUCAACGCCACGAGCAGCCAGGAUGAGUUUGCCAAGUGGGCGAAGCUGCGGCGCCAGCACGACAAGCUGCUGAGCGAACUGGAGAAGAAGAAAUCCUCUCUCGACGGCACGCGAGCCAAGUUCGACCGUUACUUGACGACGAUCCGCCUCAUCCUCACCCGUGGCAUGCAGUACUUCCUACCCUUCUGGUAUGCGAAAGAGCCCAUGUUCUGGCUGCCCCACGGGUGGUUCCCGUACUACGCAGAAUGGCUCCUGUCGUUUCCCAGAGCGCCCAUGGGCAGCGUGAGCAUCACGUCGUGGCAGGUGGCCUGCACGGGAGCCCUCUCCAUCAUAACCGACACCAUCAUGGCCGUGAUCGGCCUGGUCUGGGGAGCCAAGCAGCCACAGGCCACACCUGUGUCGGCAAAGGGAGGCAAGGCCAAGGAAGGGGCACAGUCGGAAAAGAAGGAGCUGUAG